CUGUCUUUGUUGAUUUUUUUUUUUUUAAUUUUCGUUUCGUUAUUAAUAUGAAAAGUUUAGCGAAUGCUGUUAGAGCUAAGACGGCGAGGGCAUGUGACAACUGCUCGAAGAAGCAGGCACACUGGUUCUGCGCCGCGGACGAUGCUUUUCUUUGCCAAUCUUGCGACACUUCGGUCCACUCGGCGAAUGCUCUCGCUCGCCGCCACGACCGAGUUCGUUUGAAGAACAGUACCUCUCCUCUGCAAGAAGCUGCAACGUGGCACCAAUGGUUCACUCGUAAACCUAGGACUCCACGUGGAUCUGGUGGUAAGAGGAACAACAAUUCGCCGACUUUUCAUGGUUUGGUGCCGGAGAUUAGUGCGGAGGAUCAGACGGACAGCUCCGAUGUUGAGGAGCAGCUGAUGAUCUGUCAAGUGCCGGUUGUUGAUCCAACGGUGGUUGAGCCGAAGAUCAAAGUGCCUAUGAUGAGAAGUGAUGAUCAGGAGGUGGACAAAGACAACGCCGAGAGUUGUCUAAAUGGUUUUUUACCGACCGACAUGGAGCUUGAGGACUUCGCUGCUGACGUGGAGACACUACUCGGUCGCGGCUUAGACACAGAGUAUUAUACUAUGGAGGAACUAGGAUUAUCUAAUACAGAAAUGUUUAAAGUAAAAAAAGACAAUGAUCGGGAUGGAACAACGAUGCCGUUUGAUCUGAACUUUGGUUUCUAUUCACAAAACACAUACGAAGAAGAUGCAAUAAAGAAUGUUGAAAGUAGUGGUGAAUGUGUUGAGGUGAAAGAGGAGGAGCAAAAGAAUGUUCUAAUGUUGAAUUUAGACUACGACCUGGUGAUAUCAACUUGGGGAGGCCAAGGUCUACCGUGGACAUCAGGAGGGCCACCUGAUAUAGGCAUCACCGGUUCGCCAGCUGUUUCUAUGGUGGGAAAUGGAGGAGGAAGUCAUAAGAAGCGUAACGUUGGUGGAUGUUUACCCUCAAGUGGGGUUGGGGAUGGAGGAAGAGAAGCUAGUGUUUCGAGGUACAGAGAAAAGAGGAGGAAGAGAUUGUUUACGAAGAAGAUAAGGUACGAGGUACGUAAACAGUAUGCAGAGAUAAGACCUCGCAUGAAAGGAAGAUUCGUUAAGAGAUCUUCGCUUGCUGUUUCUGCUGGAAAUUCACCAUAAUUAGGUGUGAAUAACUGACUUGUAAUGUCUCAAUUUACUUCUUUCGGAAAAAAGAAUUUAAAGUUUUAGUGAACUUUCUUCUUCUGCAACAGAACUUAUUUUGCACUUAGUUGUGCUUUGUUGCAAGAAAACCAGGAAUGUGAGUUUCUUGUAUGGAUAUAGCUGAUAUAUAUAUUAUCUGGUAAAAUGUGAAAAGGCAUUUUGAUUGUUGAUUA